AUGAGUUCAGAUGUGACAUCUGGCAAUGAAAAUGCCAAUGAUGUAUCACCUUUACCUUCCACUCCAACAACGACUUUAGAAUAUAGUCGGGCAGUAUCUCAAGAUUUACGUUAUCUUGACGAUGCUCUGACUCAUGCUAUUGAUCAAUUGACAAUAUUCAGUAGUGAAACAAUGUGUGAUCUUUCACUUAAAUAUGAAUUAAUGCGUAAUAAUGAAAGUCGUGUUAUUGGAUUUUUCGCUCGUCAAUUGACGUUAUUACAAAUGCAAAGAAACAAUGGACAAAAUGGUGGUUUUCACACUGAAUAUUCUAAACUUGAUCGUUUUUUAUCUGUUAUUAAUCUCAAUAAAAAGUCUAUUGAAUAUAUUGUACAACGAAUUACAUUUGAUGAUCUAUUAAAUAACAAAACGCCAGCAUACGAACAAAUUUUAUAUGACGCUGGAACAACAGAUACUGAACGAAAAGAUUUUUGUAGUGCACUUACUGCACUUAAAGGUUGCAUUGAUUAUUUUUCUAAUGGCGGUACAAAUGAUAAUGGGCGUUUUUAUUGGCAUACAGAAAUACCAACGACACCCACAACUUCUCAACAUCGUUUGUCAGAUACAGUUCUUCCAACUCCACCCAAUACUGAAUCUGUGAGAUCAAAAUCUGUAUCUUCGUCGAUCUCAACUGAUUUUGGAGCUACGACGAAUAAUAAUAAUAAUAAUCAAAUGACAGUACCAUUAUCUCCACAUACACGACGAAAUAAUCCAUCUCAUACACCACCUCCAUCUCGUUUAAAUCAUUUAUAUGUAAAUGACAAAGGCAGAUGUGAACAUCCAAGUAAGAAAAGUACAGUUGAUCCAUCGAUUUUUAAUACUAAUACGAAUCUAUCUCGAAAUACAGAUCUACAAUUACCGAAUGAGGGUAAUUCAUCUCGUCGAAGUUCAUAUGGUUCAGAUUCAGAAAGUCGUUUACCUUCUGAAUUUGAGCACAGUAAUAAGAAUGAAAUAAAUAGUUAUGCUCAUCAAUUGGCUAUGCGUAAAAUUGCUAUGAAAUUUCAUACAAACUCAUCACAUUCUAAUUCAUCAUCUACCAAAAAACGACAACAUGUGGAUAUUUAUCAACAAUACAAUGAAAAUGAUGAAAAUAAACCUUCAUUGAUAGCAAGAAAAAAAUUAUGGCCUAAAUCUAAUUCAAAAGAUGGUUCAGCAACACCUAAAUCACCUACAAUUCGUUCUCCAACAAUGUCAAGUUCACCAUUAGGUUCAGCACAAAAUAGUGAUACUGAAAAUGAUCCAAAAACACCAGAAGCACUCACAUAUAAUACUUCGUCACCUAUUCUUAGACAUCGAAUGGCACAUAAAAUUCAACAUAAGUUUGACAGAACACGUGUUUUCAAAUUUUCCUUUUGCGACGUCUGUAGGAGACAGGUGUUUCGAGGAAAAGCAUGUCUUCAUUGCAAAUACAAAUGUCACAAAGAAUGUGUACAACAUGCUCCAGCUAAUUGUGGUUUUAGGGAAGGUAAAUUGAGACGAGCAAUUGACAAUACAGAUAUUCAAAAUGCUCUUGCUAGUUCCAGUCCAUUGCCACGUAAAUAUCCAUUUCUACCGUGGGAUAGUACAAGUCCAACAGCAACAACACCGAUAUCUGCACCUGAAUCACCAGCAACACAUCCUCCAACGUCUGGUUAUCAUUUUAAUCCAUCUAUUUAUAUUAAAGAAUCAAUUUAUGCCAAAGCUCCUGAAUCUCACUCAGAUAGUGAUACAAAUUCAACAAUUCAAACAGAUACAGGAACAAGUUUAACAGAUUCAACCGUGACAACACAUAGUAAACUAGUACGACAAGUAUCACAAAGUGAACCACCACAUCCUAGACGUGAAGAUCUUGUUAAAACAAAACUUUUUGAUAUUAAUUCAUUUGAUGAUGAUGAAGCUGAUCCAGAUAAACGAAAUACGAAUCUUGCGACUUCACUACAAGCUUGGGUUAUUACGUUUAAUAACAUUAAAAUCAUUGAAGAAGUACGACGUUCAUCUGGAACAUUAAUGAAAGCUCAUUGGCAUGGUGAAAUAGCUGUACGAAUAAUAAAACGUGAUUCAAAAAUGGAUGAAAUUCAAUUUCUUAAUCAAUUUAAACAUCAAGUAUUUCAAUUGCGAAAAAUUCGACAUGAGCAUUUAAAUUUAUAUACAGGUGUUUGUAUUGAAAGUCCGAAUCUUGCAAUUGUUUCAAACUGGAUUCGUGGUUCAAAUCUAUUUGAAAUGAUUCAUAUUCGUAAUGAUUCAAUUCCACUUAAUACAGCUGUACAAUAUGCUGCUCAAAUAGCUCAAGCAAUGAGUUAUUUACAUGAAAAAUCCAUCAAUCAUAUGUCAUUACGUACAACAAAUAUAUUUGUACAAAAUAAUCGUAUUAUUUUAACUGAUUAUGGUUUAGUACCAUUAAGUAAAUGUUUUCGAUUAACAAAUCAACCAGCUAUUAUUGCACCACGUGGAUGGCUUAGUUAUUUAGCACCAGAAAUCAUACGUAAACUUGAUCCACGUAAUGAACAAACACUUUUACAACAUACACCUCAAACAGAUGUUUAUGCAUUUGGUACUGUUUGGUAUGAACUUUUAUUUCGAGAAUUUCCAUUUGCUAAACAACCACCAGAAUAUAUUAUUUGGAGAGCAGGAAAUUCACUCAAACAACCAUUGAGUAGUGUACAUAUAAGUAAAUAUGCAAAAGAUAUAAUUAAUCAAUGUUGGUCAUUUGUACCAGAUGAUCGACCUGAUUUUGCGAUGCUAUGUAAAUCAUUAAGCAAAAUGCCAGGUAAACGAACAUUAGUACGAUCUCCAUCAACUCCUCUUCAAUAUAAUACUCGACCACAUAUUGAAGCACAAUUUUAA